AUGCUCGCAGCGACCAAGCUCGUCGCGGCCCUCAUCGCCAGUCUCGCGGCCUCAGCGCUGGCGUCGCCCCAGCCGUUCCAGAUUGGGUACCCCGUCCCGCUGAGCCUUCGCGGGGACCAUAGCGGUCCCUUCAACCACACCAUUCAUCGCGACGGCGCGAGCUACCUCUCGGUGCAUUUCACGUCGAUAGCGUUGCCCCCGGCGGCGACCCUGUCGCUGGCCUGUGCCGAUGGCGCCAAGCAAGUGUCGUUCACUGGCGCCCACGCCGACUUUUACACCGAGUCGUUUCCGUGCAACAGCGUUGACGUCGUGUACUCUGCGCCGACGUACGAUAGCAGCAGCCCCGCGCCGGUGUUUGAAGUGGACCAGGUGAUCCAUGGGAGCGCGCAGUCGAACGGCAUGCUCGAGACCAUCUGCAGCAUCACGGACGAGUCUCGGCCGAGCGUGUGUUCGCAAGCGACCGAGCCCGCCAAGGUCGCCGCGAGCCGCGCGGUCGCGCGCCUUCUCAUCAACGGCCGCGUCGCGUGCACGGGCUGGCUCUUUGGCUCAGAAGGACACAUGCUCACCAACAGCCACUGCAUCAACUCCGAGUCGCGCGCUGCCAACACCCAAGUCGAGUUUGACGCGCGCUGCAGCACGUGCAAGGACCCGCAGAACAAAGUCGUCUCGGGUUGCCGCGGGACGAUCGCAGCCAUCGGUGUCAAGCUUGUCAUCUGGGACGAGCUCAACGACUUUGCGCUCGUCAAGCUCGAUAAGCUCAAGCCCGGAGUCGACCUCUCGACGUACGGGUACCUUCGGGCGCGCGAAUCUGGGCCCGUUCUUGGUGAGCCUAUUUGGUCGGCACACCACGAGGCCGGCUGGGCGCAGCGGCUCUCGCUGACCUACGACGGAGAGGUGCCCAAGAUUGCGGACCUGGACAAGGCCAGCUGCAUGGACAACUUUCCGGACGCGCGGGACACGGUCGGCCACUUCCUUGACACGCUCGGCGGCUCCUCCGGCGCGCCUAUCAUGAGCACCGCAGACAACGUCGUCGUCGCGCUGCACAACUGCGGCCUCUGCGACUCGGUCGGCAACUCAAACGGUGCGAUCAAAAUCAGCAACGUCAUCCAGUUCCUUAAGGCCAAGAACCUCUUGCCGAAAGACGCUACGGUGCCUGUGUUCAACGUCAACGAGCUCUUCGAGGUCGACGCGUCGACGCAGCAGAUCAAGGCGGUCAGCAACGGCCAGUGCCUCGACGCCUUCAAGCAGGACGGCCGCCUCCGCGUGCACACGUACACUUGCGACGCGUCGAAUGGCAACCAAAAGUGGCGCGUGGUCGGCGGCAAGGUCGAGCACGCCACGCAUAUCGGGCAGUGUCUGGACGUGGACCCGACGGACCCGCACCACAACGUGCAGAUGUGGGCGUGCAUUGCCGGCAACGACAACCAGCGCAUCGAGCUCGUGUCGCAGAUCUAA